AUGCAUUUAUUUGAUAUGAUUAUUGCAUUGUUAGGUUCAGCACAUGGAUAUCCCUGGUUCAAAGGGAUUACUAGCGAGCCAAGGGGCAUGCUCCUCAAAAUUCUUGUGCGCAAUUGUGCUAAGUACAUUGAAUGUGGCAACAUCUCAGAUGCAGAUUCAGCAUUAGCAAAAAUUUCUCACCUUGCUUCCUCAGAAGGUGAUCGAUUCCAAAGGCUAGCAACUUAUUUCAGUGAGGCACUUACAUGCCAACUUGUGAAUAGAUCAAACCUCCAUGGUGCACAUAACAUUCUAUCAAAACCACUCUCAACUUUUGAAGACUCUUUUGCUAAGGGUUUAUUCUUUGAACUCUAUCCAUUCCAAAGGGUAUCUUAUGCGGUUACAAAUCAGGCCAUUAUUGAAGCCAUGACAGGGCUUCAAGGUAUUCAUAUACUUGAUCUUAGUGCACCCCAUGAUGCUACUCAAUGGGUCCUCUUUAUGCAGAGUUUGAAAGAGCGUUGUAGUUCUUCUUCUUCUUCAUCAACUAGACCACAACAACGACCAUAUUUGAAGAUCACUUGUGUGCAUACAAAUCAGGAGGUGUUAGCCCAAAUGAAGUUGCGGUUGACAUUGGAGGCUGACAAGUUUUUCCAAUUCGAAUUCAAUGACAUUGUGAGUACUUUAGAAAAUUUAAACCUAGAUAAUUUGCCUAUACUUAACGGAGAGCCUAUUGCAAUCAGUAUUGUUCUUCAAUUGCACCGCCUUUUAAGCACCGAUGAUCCACCUGUUCCAGUUGCAGUAUCCAACCAAUUCUUCUAUCAACAAAGUUUUGCAGAUGUGAUUGCCAAGGACAGUUAUAAUAAUAACAAUCACAAUGUCAUAAUUAAUCAAAGUCCUAAUUCGGCAUUGGCACUAGCAACUCAUCAUCGUUUAACUCAAAGCCCAGUGCCUAAGAUGGAGUGUUUUCUGCACGGCCUCUGGAAGCUCCAGCCCAAAGUUAUGGUCAUCAUGGAACAAGAAUCAAACGUCAACGGACAAUCCUUAACGGAUCGGGUUGACAAAGCCUUGGAUUUCUACGAUGCGUUUUUUAAAUGCUUGGUAACUGCACCGUCAGUGAAGAAGAUCUUCUUUGAGAGAGCGAUGUUGGGAGAGCAAAUAAAGAAUAUAAUUGCGUGUGAGGGAGCUGAGAGAAAAGAAAGGUAUGAGCCGCUUAAGGCGUGGAUCUCAAGGCUUGAACUUGCUGGGUUUUGCGCUGAAGCUAUUAGCUUGGAGGGGAUGUUAAGAGGAGUAACUGAAUUGCAGAAUUUUGCACAUGGCUAUAAGAUUAUUAGAGAUGAAAAGUUUUUGUUUCUGUGUUGGAAUAAUAAUCCACUCUUUUCUUUAUCAGUCUGGAGAUACUUGUGA